AUAGUUUUGUUCCUUUUUGAUAUACACGUGUUGUUCCGUCGAUAAAAACAUAUGUACUACGUACGUACAGUUCUUAAUAAUUUUAUUAAACGAUUAACCUUAACUGGAUACGUCGGUAAUGUCGUACCUAUUCGAUCUAGUUUAUAUUGAUGACGUAGCGCCGUCUAUAAGCCCAUUGGAUCGUUUUUUCCCGCUCUAUUUCAUAGUUUCGCGGCAAGUCGUUCGAUGAACCGUUAUCUUGAAUUAACCUCUCUUCUUCGAGAACUCCACUGUGCUUCUAUGGAACUAUAAUUUUCGUAUUGAUUGUAAUAAAAUGGAGCUAUUGCAAGAUCCCGUUUUUAAAUCCAGGUAUCAAAAAUAUAAGCGACGUGUGAAAUUAUGGGAAAGCGAUUUCAUGGAAAAAUACGGACGUAAACCAACAAGGAAUGAUAUCAAGGAGGCUGAUAUUGCGAUUAAGGAAGCAUAUAAAAUGUAUUGGAAAUUAAAAACCGAUGCAUUGGAGGAAACUCUUAUAGAUAUUACAUUUUCUGAAGAUACACAAACGAAUAUUUCUAUGGAGUCUCCGGUACGAAAAUCUGUAGGAAAAUCGGAAAAAAGAUCAUUAACGAAUUCCAAUGAGAAAGAUAGUGAAAACAUAGAUCCAACGACUGCUUCCUUGAUAGACGAACCUGAAAUAAAAAAUCUUAAGGACGUAUGGAGCGACAGUGUCUGUAAAAAUGAAGAUUCUUCGUUUAAAAAGAAAGAAAAGUUAUUAGUUGGUAAAUCUACUUCUUUUCAACUUUCUAGGAAUAAAUUCACGUCUUCCAAUUUUACAAAAAGAAAUCCUCGAAAAUCUUUACCUCAAACAAAAGUGAAAAAUAACGUCAAGAAAGAUGAGACUCGUGAUAUAUCGGAAACAACGGUUGAUGUAGUCGAAGAAGAUACAAAUAAAAAGACUGAAACUAUUUUUGGCAAUUCCGUAAAAAUAGUAAGUACAGAGUCUAAAGUCAACAGUCAGUCUGUAAAUACGAUUCACGAAUUGAUAGAGAAUCAAAUAAUUACCGUCAAUCGAAAUGUGAAUGAGGGUUGGUUGAACAGAUGUGCGGAAGAAAAGAAUUUAGAUACGAGCUCUGUUUCUCAAAGACUUUCUAGUUUGAGUGAUUCUGGUACCGAAUCAAUGGAAUCUAAUUCUCCGAAAGAAAAGAAAUUAUCCAAUGACGAGUCAUUACAGGUAUCGGACGAAGAAGAUUUUAUAUGUAAUAGUGAUACGGAAGAAGAUCAUAAAAAUAAACGUAUUAGAAAUUCUAAUAAAAGACCGUAUGAUUGUGAUCGUGCAAUUAAGCGACCUUGUAUAGAAACUAAUAAUCUCUUAUCCAAUACUCUGUUAAAAAUUAAUGAUAACGAAAUCAAUGUAUUGACAGUAUGUAAUACUGAAAUAAAUAAUGAUUCGGUGGAAUUAAAUCCACAAAGUAUUAAAAAAAAUAUGGACGAAGAAAAACAAACUGCAGAAGGCAAAAAUGUACCAAGGAAAAAUACAUCAAGGAAAAGUACACCAAAGAGCAAAAGAAAUGACUCUAAUACAGAUGACAGUGUUAGCGAAGAUAUAUCUCCAAAGGAAAAAAAAGUAACAAGAACGAGAGGAAGAACUCAAAGAGCUAAGAAUAAAAACGAUAAAAGGAUUAAUGAAAAAUCGAGUGAAAAAAAAGCUACGAGACGUUCUAAAAGAAAACAAGUUGUAGAGAAUGAAAAAAAUUCUGAAGAUUCAUCGUCAGCUGUGGAAAACAUCGAUAUUCCAGUAUUUGGAAUAGAAACUUUAGAAGCAGUGCCGCGCAUUACGAUAUGUUCAUCCAGUACUGGAGAUUUGGUCGCCGAUUUUUCCAAUUCAGUAUCGUUAUUAGAUUCUGUUACCGAUAAUGUCAAGGGAGCAAAAACUGACAAAGAAAAAUUGGAACAAAAAACUAAAAACUUAAAUGAUAAUUUCGUUAGAAUAAAUCUAAAGAAAAAAAUUUUUGUACGUGGUAAAAAGUCAUUUAAUCUUUCAAAGUAUAAAAAAAAUCAAUGGAAACAAAAAAAGAAAAGUUUAGAAUCGAGCGACCAAAAUCUCGACGUAAUUGAUUACAUUGAAAAGAAUGGUUUGUCCUGCUUUAAAUGUGGUGAGACUGGGCACUUUGCUCGUUAUUGUAAAACAUUGAAAACAAGUAAUUUAUUACCUUUGAUUGAGAUCGACGAGCUUGCAGAAUAUCCAAGUUUAGAAGAAGCAGAAAAAAUGGCAAGUCAAAAUGCCCUUGUUGCGCAUAACAAACAAAUAAAUAAGCUUCCCGAAAAACCGUUGUAUGUUACGCAAAAAGAAGAAUUACAAUUUAUAUGCAAUGAAGAUGAAUAUAUUCUGGAUGAUGAUGAUAUUGCAGAUAUUAUGGAAGAAAUAGAACAAAAAAAGGAGGAGGAGACGAAAGAGAUUUCUGGAAUGCAUAAAAUUCCUGAGGAAUUAUUAGCCAAAUUAGUACUCCCUGAAAUUAAAGUAUUAACUGCAUUAUAUCCAACGAAAGAGGACCAAUCUCUUAUUGAUACACCUAAGGAAGUCUUCGAAGUUUUGAAGAUGUUUGGUCAUGACAAUUUCAGACCAGGACAAGAGAAAGCAAUAAUGAGAAUAUUAUCUGGUCAAUCAACAUUACUUACUUUGUCAACUGGUUGUGGAAAAUCUUUAUGUUAUCAAUUACCAGCGUACUUAUAUUCCAAAUAUUCCAGCUGCAUAACAUUAGUCAUUUCGCCAUUGGUAUCAUUAAUGGAUGAUCAAGUCACUGGCAUGCCAUCAUUCAUAUCUGCUGCUUGUUUGCAUACUAAUCAAACUCCUACAGUAAGAGAUAACAUAAUGCAACUUGUGAAGGAGUCGAAAAUACAAAUAUUACUUAUUUCGCCAGAAGCAGUAGUGGCUGGUGAAAAAUCAACUGGAUUUGGUGCUUUGCUUAGAAAACUUCCACCUAUAGCAUUUGCUUGUAUAGACGAAGCUCAUUGUAUAUCUCAAUGGUCUCAUAAUUUCCGUCCAUCGUAUCUUAUGGUUUGUCGUGUUCUUAAAGAAAAAUUAGGAGUAAAAACGGUAUUGGGUCUAACUGCAACUGCUACUAGAUCUACCGCUGAAAGUAUAAUUCAUCAUCUGGAUAUUCAUGAUGGAAUGGCAGGCGUUAUAUCGGAUGUACCAUUACCGAACAAUCUGUUUUUAACUGUAUCAAGGGAUGAACAAAGAGAUAAUGCUUUAAUUAAACUUUUGUUAAGCGAGAGAUUCAAAGAAUGCAAUUCUAUAAUAAUUUACUGUACACGUAGAGAAGAAUGUAUGCGAAUUGCGGGUCUUAUAAGAGUUGCCCUGCUGGAUCCAAAAGAAACGGCAAAAGAAAAGAGCAAGGUGUCGCAUAUAGCAGAGGCUUAUCAUGCAGGAUUAUCCUCUUAUCGUCGUAAAAUUGUACAGAAAGCUUUUAUGAAUGGACAAACUAAAAUUGUGGUGGCAACUGUGGCAUUUGGAAUGGGUAUUAAUAAAUCAGAUAUUCGAUCUGUAAUACACUAUAAUAUGCCAGCAACGUUUGAAGGAUACGUACAAGAGGUGGGAAGAGCCGGUCGAGAUGGAUUGAGUGCACAAUGUCAUUUGUUCUUAAGUCCUGAGGAAAACAGCGACAAGUGGGAAUUGCGAAGACAUAUAUACGCUAAUAGUAUUGACAGGCAUACAAUCAGACAUUUGCUCGCAAAAGUUUUUAUACCUUGUUCAUGUGCACAGAUGAAUAAAAACACACCUGCUAAAAGAUGUUCUGGCCACGAAGUUGGUCUGCCGAUCGAUGAAAUGGUUAAAACGCUCGACAUUACGGAAGAAAUGAUUUUAACUUUCUUAUGUUAUUUGGAACUGUAUCAUAAGAAAUUUCUUACGGUUCUUUCUUCUGCUUAUACAGUGGCUAAAGUCAGUAGUUAUAAUGGUCCGCAAGGACUUAAGUUAGCUGCGCAAUCGUGUCCACCAUUAGCAAUGGCAAUUGCAUUAGAUUUAAAGAAAGGUAUUUCUCAUGAAAAAAGUACUACCAUAGAAUUCAAAGUUAUCGAUAUUGCCUCGAUCAUUGGAUGGGACAGUGGAGUUGUUAAAAAGCAUCUUAAAGAUUUGGAAUGGAAAACAGUCAAUGGUAAAUCAAAACGUUCUGCUAUAUCAGUUCGUUACGAUACAUUAGGUUUGAGAGUUAAAGCUCAAGGUGAUUUAACCGAUGCUGAAUUAGAUGAAGCUUUGGAUGUUUUGGUAUCUAGAACACAAUCGCAAGAAAUUUCUUCUUUGCAACAACUUGAAUCUAUUAGUAUGUCUCUUCAAAAAUUCAGCGUACCAGUUAUUAAUCAAUGUUCGACUAUAUCGGAAGAAAUUAUAAAUAAAUCAGAAGGACUUAAAAAUACGAUAAGAAAUUAUUUCCAAUCGGAUCACUUGUUGAAUAGCGAGACUAUUUGUAGAUCACAAGUUAAAUUGUUGAACGAAGCACAAAUUGCUUCCGACGUACGUAAUCUGAUCUUGAGUUACAAAGAUAACAAUUUUACUGGCCGUGCAGUGGCACGAAUCUUUCACGGCAUACAAAGUCCAAAUUAUCCUGCCAUCAUUUGGAGUAAAUGCCGCUUCUGGAGAACAUAUAUAUCGUCCGACUUUAAUGCGAUUUGUCAAAUAGCAACUAAAGAAAUUUUAGCGUUACGUUAGUUAAUACUAUUUCGUGCAUUUCAUUUGUUGUGAUGACUGAGUAAAUCUAUUUUAUAUAUACAUAUGUAGAAUAUUAACUUUCUCUCUAUUUUUUUAUGGAUAAUUUUUAAAUAAGAUAUUCUUAAAGUAUAUUGAUAAUUAUAGAUUGAUCGUCAAAUAUAUUGCAAGAUCAUUACUGUAUAGAAAAUAAAUUUUUUACUUUUGUUUUUAAA